GGAGGGGAAAAAAUGGUGGCUCGGAAAUUCCUCGUUCGCUUCCACGACUCCGACUUCGAUGUCGACUACGACACCGACGACGGCCUCGAGGUCUUCAAAUUCCAAGUCUUCUCCCUCACUUCGAUUCCCCCCGAGGAACAAAAGAUAUUUGGAAGCGACGACGAUCAGCUCGUAUCGGACGACUCCGAUCUUGCCUCAAUUUCCGAUAGACUUCGGCUGGUAUCGGUUACCGAUGAAGUCAAACAAGAAGAAAAUUCAGUGGAUCAAAAUGUCGAAUUGGCAAUGUCCGAUGAAGAAUUGGCUCGGAUGUUGCAGGCAGAAGAAGAAGCACUCGUGUUUCAGCAGUUUGCUGCCCGUGAGGAUAGGUCACAAAUGGAAGCCAGAAUACGGCCUUAUGUGGAUCAGGUCCUAAUGUACGAAGACCCAAAUCGCCAGGAUGCUGCUCGGAAGACAGUUCCUGUGGAGAAGCUCGAGGAGAAAGCAUUGGUCGCAUUGGCGAAGGAGGGAAACUUUAAACCGACAAAAAGUGAAGAAGAUUAUGCUUUCCUGUUGCAGCUGCUUUUUUGGUUCAAACAAUCAUUCAGGUGGGUAAACGCACCUUCUUGUGAUGGUUGCGGCAGUGAAACCGUAGGUAGUGGCAUGGGCACUGCACUUUCUUCAGAAACUCUCUAUGGAGCCUCGCGAGUUGAACUUUAUCGUUGCACUAUUUGCUCGAGAACCACUCGUUUCCCGCGAUAUAACGAUCCAUUGAAGCUUUUGGAAACAAGGAGGGGACGUUGUGGGGAGUGGGCCAAUUGCUUUACAUUGUAUUGCCGAGCUUUUGGCUACGAAUCACGUCUUGUUUUGGAUUUUACGGAUCAUGUCUGGACUGAGUGCUUCUCACCUUCUUUGGGAAGGUGGAUGCAUCUUGAUCCCUGUGAAGGAAUAUAUGACAAUCCACUUCUAUAUGAGAAAGGCUGGAAAAAGAAAUUAGAUUAUGCAAUUGCUAUUGCAAAAGAUGGAGUUUAUGAUGUCACUAAACGGUACACAAGGAAGUGGCAUGAGGUUCUUUCUCGACGAACCAUUACUCCAGAGCCUAUUCUGUCUACUAUUCUCUCAAACAUAAGAAGAGAGCUUCGACAGAACUUAACAUCUCAAGUGAUUGCCACACUAGAGGAACGUGACAGGAAUGAAGCAGCAGCAAUUGAGAGAGAUUUGCACUCUAAAGAUGAAGCUUCAAUAUCAUUACCUGGUAGACAAAGUGGUGCCAAGGAAUGGCGUAUAUCAAGAUCAGAAUUUGGUUCCGAUGAGAUUUGCUCCCCAAGUUCUUCUUCUUGUCCAGUUCGUAAAUGCGUUGAUGAGCAUGUGACAAAGAUCUACAAUGCAUUUUUUCCAGUCAUUUCUCAUUUCGUCGAGAAAUCUUGCUCUAAAUCCAGAGCUGUAGAAGUCCUCCAGAUUUUUAGAAGAAUUUUGGUUGAUCUCAAGAACUCCCCUUUCAGAAGGAGGAAAACGUCUAUAAACUCUGUUUCAAAUGGCGCACAGUAUGUUUUCCAUCAGAUGCUGCCUUCUUUCAGUCAAUUGUUUGACGCUCUCUCCUUGAAGUGCGAGUCGAAUGCCAAUGGGAAGGUUGACAUUUACUUAGCUGAUGAUCCAGUUAAAACCUCUAUAGCCUUGCCUGUUUUGUUCCAUGCUUUGGAUGAUGUGAUGCAUAAUGUCAAUGUUUUGUACAACAUCAAUAAAGAUUCGCUUUCGUGGCCGCUUCUGAAGUUAAACAGAAUAUGCUCUGGUCUUGCCCUUGCUAGCGGGGAGGAGUUUCCAUUUGGAAUUAUCACGUCUGCAUUUGAUGGGACUCGCUUGUCUAAGUGGGAAGAACCAAAUGGUGCAAGAGGUUGUUGGAUCAUAUACAAAGUGUUGGACAACAAGAUGCAUGAGCUUGUGGCAUAUGAAUUGAUGUCGGCCAAUGAUGUUCCAGAGAGAGAUCCAAAGGAUUGGGUUCUGGAAGGAAGUGAUGACGGCGGUUCUAGUUGGCGUGUGUUGGAUAAACAAAAUUCUCAGAUGUUUAAAAACCGUUUUGAGCGGAGGGCAUAUAAGAUUGCAUCUGUGGGUUUCCUCGCUAAUGCAUUCAGGUUCAGGUUUCUUGCUGUUCGAGAUGCUCGUGAGAAUAACCGGUUGCAAUUAGGUAGCAUCGACUUGUAUGCAAGGAGUUAAUUUUCCUCGUCCACUGCGAUAAUGAGAGGGGAAAAUAGUGACUUCCCCAACUACUAAUGUAAUCAAGUGUACCAUUAAUUAUAAAGCCUUAUAAAGUGCAGUUGUUGUGUCCCGAUUAUCUAAAGUAAGCAAGCAGAAUAAAUUUGUUGUUGUGGAAUUAUGAGCUUCUGAAUUUAGCAAAUGUAAUAAUAUGUAUUCUUAUUGUGGUACUUAGAGGGUGAAUAAAGCAGUUCAAUGUCUUGUGACUGCUGGAGUUCUGAUCAGUGAAGAUUCCUGGACUCCACUUCAA